CCGGUCUGAAGGCAGUCAGUCCAGCCUACUAGUAGCCCGAGCCAGCAGGAGUCCGCGGGGGCAGGGAAGCGUCAGUCGGCCCGCCGGGCCAAGGUCCAGGGGUAGCCCAGGAAGCCCGCGCCGAAGCAUGCGAAGGGCCCCCGCGCGAACGCCAGCACUCGGGGAGAGCGCGCUCAGGAAAAGUUUGCUGCUCCACUGCUGCCCCAAGGACUUGGAGUUGGUGGCGGUGACGACGUCGAUGGCAGCCCGCCCAGCAGUGCCAGGGGGCUGAAGCGAGCGCGCACCGCUGUGUCUAGGGGCUCCCGUGUAGACUGCAUCUCCUCCCUUCGCUCGGACCCAUACCCGAUGCUGCUGAUGCUGCUGUGUGCUGCAGCCCCCUCCUGCUGCUGCGGCUGCAGCUAUUGAGGCACUUGGAGCUUAGAGAAGGAGGAGGAGGCGGAGGCGGCUCGGGGGGCCAGAGCGGGGACUAUGGGAAACGGGAUGUGCUCCCGAAAGCAGAAAAGGAUCUUCCAAACGCUGCUGCUGCUCACCGUGGUGUUCGGCGUCCUUUAUGGGGCUAUGCUCUACUACGAGCUGCAGAACCAGCUGCGCAAAGCCGAGGCGGUGGCGCUCAAGUACCAGCAGCACCAGGAGGCCCUCUCCGCCCAGCUACAAGUUGUAUAUGAACAUAGGUCAAGACUAGAAAAAUCUUUACAGAAGGAAAGACUUGAACACAAGAAAGCAAAAGAAGAUUUUCUGGUUUAUAAAUUAGAAGCACAAGAAACACUAAAUAAAGGAAGGCAAGAUUCCAACAGCAGAUACAGUGCAUUGAAUGUACAGCAUCAGAUGUUGAAAAGUCAGCACGAAGAGCUGAAGAAGCAACACAGUGACCUAGAAGAGGAGCAUCGAAAACAAAGUGAUGACUUCAGCAGGACCUUCAGUGAUCACAAGCAGAGAUACCUCCAGCUUCAGCAAGAGAAAGAGCAGGAGCUGUCCAAACUGAAGGAGACAGUUUACAAUUUGAGAGAAGAGAACAGACAGCUCAGAAAGGCCCACCAGGACAUACACACCCAGCUCCAAGAUGUGAAGCAACAGCAUAAGAAUUUACUGACCGAGCACGAACACCUAGUAGUGACUUUGGAAGACCACAAGAGCGCGCUAGCUGCUGCGCAGACCCAAGUAGCAGAAUAUAAACAACUAAAAGAUACACUGAAUAAGAUUCCAAGCUUUCGAAAACCAGAUAGAGUGGAAGAACAAAAUGUCCUCCAGGUAGCAACUUCCCGCCCAGCUGAUUUCACCACCAAAGAGAAGAAGAUAACGGAGGAGCCGAAAGAGGUUCCCCACAGUAAUGAGAAAUGGCAAGACCGGGGGCAGGCAGCUGGGGAGAGGACAGAAGAGGCCAGGACCUUGCAUCCCACCCCCAAAGAGAUGGAAUUCCACCCUCAAGACGUGCCAAUCCAGCAUGCAGAGGAAGAGGAGGAGGAAGAGCCCAGACGGCGGGAGGAGGAGCCGGAGCACCAGGUUGAGGAGGAAAACAAGAGGGAGCUGGAGGAGGAGGAGAUGGAACAGGUGGGGCAGGCUGAGCGCCUGGUAGAAGAACAAGAGCAUGAGUGGAAGGAGCAGAAAGAGGAAGAAACCAAUCUCCUGCCAGAGCAUGUUCAGCCAGAGGCACCCUCUUCCGAAAAGACUGUGAGCCGAGCCAAGUCAGCUUACGAGGAGCAGUUGGAGCAGCAGCAGCUGGCCGCCAGGAGGGCUGAAGAAGGGCGCCAGCUCAGAGAGCGCCAGGAGUCCCUGCGGAAGCAGAGGCUGCAGGAGCACUUGUUACGGCAGCAGAGGCUUCAAGAGAGGGAACAGGCUCUGCAACGCCAGGCUGAGCAGGAAGAGGAGGAGCGCCGCCAGAAGCGCCUCCGGCAGCAAACGCGUUAUGAUGCUAUGGAUAAUGAUAUCGUCCAAGGAGCGGAGGAACAGGGCGUCCAGGAGGAAGAAGGGGGUGCCUAUGAAAGAGACAACCAACACCAAGAUGAAACUGAAAAUGAUCCACAUAAAGAAAAUGUGCCCUUAGGACAAGGACAGCAAGCAGAUCACCCUGAACCUGAUCAAGCAGCUGGUGAGGAUGUAAACCCAGCAGACGACCCAAACAAUCAAGGAGAAGAUGAGUUUGAGGAAGCAGAGCAAGUAAGGGAAGAGAACUUGCCGGAGGAGAAUGAGGUGCCCAAGCAGAGCAGUCAAAAGCAAGGAAAUGCUGAAAUGGAGGAGCAUUUGGUGAUGGCAGGAAAUCCGGACCAGCAGGAAGAUAAUGUGGAUGAACAAUACCAAGAAGAAGGUGAAGAGGAGGGUCAAGAAGAUUUGACUGAAGAGAAGAAACGGGAAUUGGAGCAUAACAAUGAAGAACCCUAUGGGGAAAACGAUGACAAUGUGGAUGACAAAAACAAUGAAGCCCAAGAACAGGCAGCUCAAGAAAUCAAUCCCCGCAAAGGCCACGAAGAAAACUAUGAGGAGGAAGAAGAGGAAGAGGAAGGCGGUGCAGUGGAGAAAGCUCGUGGAAGAGCAGAAAUGUGAUUUUGACGGUGCUAGGGAACACUUGGGCAGACAGUUCUUUUUGCAGCUGCUUAGAGACAAUAUGCCUACUGAACGCCAAGAUAUUUAAUGACAGUUCAGAGCUGCGACUUUUCUUUUUUACUUUUGUAUUAGACGGCCUCAUCCCUUUCUAUGAAUAUAAUAUUUUGAUAUUCUAGGUAACUGCUUCUUUUGUAUGCAAGCUAAAGACAAGGAAAGAAAAACACAUUCAAGGCUCUGAAUCGUACGUCUUCCUUGCUUUCUUUUUUGGGUGGUCAGGAGUAGUGGUGACACUGUCAAUCAAGCAUGUGAAUUCUGUAUGUGUUUCCAUGAGUUAUUUUCCAAGCAUCUCGCUUUGGACACAUAUUCCAUUCCAACAAGCAAUAGGAGAAAAACAAGUGGGGCUCCCUGGCCAAUAGACCGCAGAUGGUCAGGUCAGUCAACAGUUAUGUUCCCAAGUUCCUGUGCUCAGCUAGAUGAGAAUUUUAAAACUGUAAGUCAUAAGGAAAUAGUAGACUUGCAUCACUGGAGAGUAUGCGCGCUCCUGAGAAUCCCUCCAUCAAUAACUGCAACCCUAGAUUAUUUCAUAUUCUGUUUAGACCUAGUCUGUGCAGCAGAGAUGCCCCAUGCAGGCGGCUGUAUAGUUGACCAAGCCUCUAGUUCCCACAUAUGACCAAUGUCCUUUUUUGGACAGUCUGGAGAGAGAGAGACAGAGAGACAGAGAGAGAGACAGAGACAGAGAGAGAGAGAAUAUAAGAGUGAGUGCGUGUGUGUGUGUGUGUGUGUGUGUGUGUGUGUGUGUGUGUGUGUAAAAUUCCCAUUGCCCCAUUGCUCCUUCUGGCAGGUUUGCAAUUCUUUAACUGCCUAAGUAGUAAUUGGGUCAACAGCAAUGAUAUUUGGCUGAUGUGAGAAAACCAUUGGCCACUUAAUUAGGUGGUUUUAAUAGUCCAAUGAGACACAGAGAACCAGCAUCUUGGAAUUUUGGUUUUUAUUUUGUUUUAGAAAGAGGCUUGGUAUAUUUCCUUCCAGCAGAUUUCUUUGGUUCGUCAGUAUUCAUUUUGAGUAUUUGGACUUCGUUCUUUCUGGAAUUAGUUGGUAGCAUCAGGAUCAUCAAGGCUAUGCUCCGUCUGUUUUAGACGUUUCUCAGAUCGCUUUGCUAUCACUUAUUUCUUUAAGCACCAAGUGUCAAAAUCUAGACCAUCCAUUGAAGAUAUAUCUCCUUAAGCAUACCAUUUAACAUAAUCGUUUUGCAUGGAACUAUAUAUAGCAAGGCAUUAUGCAUUCACAUACCAUAUACUCAUGACUUUUGUUGGCAAAGGUUAGCUCUCCUUUCUCUCCCCCACUCUCCCAAGCCCCAUAUGUAAGGCAUGAUGGUAAUUCUGAAGUAAUGAAGCCCUUAAAAAAAGUCAGAAUUUCCCAGAAUGUUCUGUUUUUGGAAAUCAAGUAUUUUGUGCAUUCAACAAAUACAUCCUGCCAUAAAAUGAGUCAUCCAUUUGGAUGCAUAGGCCAAUGUUUCCAGGAUUUGGUUGUGGGCUAUGCUGUGAUGACUGAGAUCACUUCUUCCGAGGGCCCUGGAAAAAAAGAUAUUCUCAAAGAGGAAAAACUGCCAAAGUGAAGGAUCCUUGAGAGCCAUAACUUUACUCCCUGAUCGUUGUCAACUUUUGAUGACAUAUAAAUGCAAGAGUUGACUUAAUUCUGAAAAGAAAAAAAAUAACUAUCUAAAAGCCCCUUCCUAUUCAUUCAUUCCCCAUUAAAUUUUCUUAAAACGAAUUUCUGCUCUACAUUUCUGACUACAUUUUUUUCAAAGCUGGUUAUGAACCUCACCAGCAAUAAGGGGUUAAAUGCAUAAGGAAAUCUUUUUUUAAAAUCCCAUAUACUUUUUGUAAUUUGCAUUCAUUCUCUCAACAAUGUAAUGAAAAAGUUUUGUUCCUACAAUUUUUAUAUUAAUGUAAUUUACCCUUUUUUUAAAAAAACUUACUUUCUGUUCAUAUCUAGUUUUGACUGUUUCUGGCUGAAUGUUUUUGUAAUUAUGCAUAGAAAGAUUUCAUUCAGAUGUAUUUUGGGGUUUUCUAGGAAUCUGAAAUCAACUUUUACCUUAUGUAAAAACUCUGUAAUGUAAAAUGUAUAAUAUUGUACAUAAUCUUCAGAAUACAAUUAUUUUGGUAAAUUAGUUUGUAUUUUAAUGUCCCAGUGGCAGUAUUUAAUUAUUUGAGGCAUAAUGGAAUUUGGCUACAGAUAAUAAAAUCAAAGGACAGAUGGUA